AUGCCAAAUCAAAAGCAGGAUUUAUACACAUUGCAAUGCGAGAGUUAUCUUUAUGUUGAGGGAAAUAUAAUUGCACAAGCGACAGCCGAAAAUGUGGCUGUAACAUUGGGAAGUAAUUGCGUCGCAUUCAUGUUUGAUGAGAUUCGUUAUGAACUAGAUGGUGUAGAGAUUGAUAGUAACAAAAACGUUGGAAUAACUUCCAUGGUCAAGAAUUAUAUAUCGUUAUCUUCUGACAAAAUUGCCUGCAUAAAAAAUGCUGCGUGGGAUACGAUCAACGCUCAUUCGACAGAUGGAUACUUCAACUUUUGCAUACCGCUCAACUUAUUGCUUGGAUUUUGUGAAGACUAUAGGCGUAUAGUGAUUAAUGCGCGCAUCGAAUUGAUUCUCAUACGAUCGUGCAGUGACAACAGACUACGUGGAUCAUCGGCGUUGGAGCCUAAGGUGAAGCUAUUCAAGAUACAAUGGAGAAUGCCUCACGUACUCUUGAACGAUAUCAAUAAGCUCUCACUGUUGAGAACCUUGGAAAACGGCCGAUACGUGAGCAUGAGUUUCCGCUCGUGGGACCUGUAUGAAUUUCUUCUGCUAGAAAACACGACCAAACACUUGUGUCCUGUCAAAACUGCCACUAAUUUGGAAAAACCGCGAUAUGUUAUUUUUGCACUACAGACUGGUCGGAAGAAUGUCAUGGCGGAAAAUAUAACUCAAUUCGACAACUGCAAUUUGAUCAAUGCAAAACUCUAUCUAAAUUCAGAGUGUUAUCCGUACGAUGAUAUGAAUUUGGACUUUGCAAAGAGAAAAUACGCAAUACUUUACAAAAUGUAUAAACGUUUUCGUACAUCGUACUAUGGAUGCAGCAGUGAUGAUGUAUGGUUAACAACUGAUGAUUUUCUGCGGCGAGGUCCUUUCGUGGUUAUCGAUUGUUCGCGUCAAAAUGAAUCAAUCAAGAGUGCCACUGUGGAUGUGCGAAUAGAAUUUGAAUGUAAAGAGAACAUACCGGUGAAUACUACCGCGUACUGUCUCAUCCUACAUGAUCGCGUAGUUGAAUACCGUCCGCUAACCAACAUAGUGAGCAAACUCUACUAA